AUGGUAUCAUUGAAGAAACUAGCCAAGAAGGUGAAAGCUGUUGGUGGAGCUGACUCUAACACUAACCCUCCCUAUCAUGAAUGUCUUCUCAAGAGAUAUGAGGAAGAAUCCCCCUCCAGCACAACCCCAACUGGUUUUUUCGCGCUUUAUGUCGGCGAAGACCGCCAAAGAUACGUGGUUCCAACCAGCUACCUUUCCCAUCCUUUAUUCAAGAUCCUGCUGGAGAAGGCGUACAACGAAUUUGGGUUCGCGCAGCGGAACGGCCUCGUAGUUCCGUGCAGUGUUUCCACAUUUCAUGAGGUGGUUAAUGCUAUCGAAUGCAACAAUGGGAAAUUUGACUUAGGCAAGAUUUUUGAAGAUUUUGAUUGA